UCCCUCUCUUCUAUUUCUCGGAAGCUGCCCAAUGGCUUCUUUGCAACAAAAGAAGGAAAGAGAGAGAGAGAGAGAGCGGCAGGCAGAAAGGGUCCGCGUUUCGCGUGAAAGCUUACUAGAGAUGGAAAUAUAGGGUUUUGAUUGCCGGAAAGGUGGAAAAAGAGCCGAUCAGCAUGGAGAGAAGGAGGAUAUGGUGGAGCUCCUUGCUAGUGCUGUUGCUUGUUUUCUCCUGCGAGAUACUCGCACUUUGCGAUUCUCUUGAAGAAGAAGGCAGGGCUUUGUUGAGAUUCAGAGAAGAGGUGGAGUUUGAUCCUUUUGGAGCUCUUUCCAACUGGGGAAGACCGGGUGUUGAUCACUGUUUCUGGUUUGGUGUGGAUUGCUCUGAAGAUGGGAGAGUUCUAUCUCUAAUUUUGAGAGAUCUUUGUCUUCAAGGAAGACUCACAUCAGAGAUCAGAAAACUCGUUAAUUUAAAGUCACUCAUUCUGCACAACAAUUUAUUUUCUGGGACUAUACCUGAAGCAAUUACUGAAUUGAGUGAGCUGGAGGUGUUGGACUUGGGGCAAAAUAAUUUCAGCAGACUUUUACCGCGUGUGCUUCUCAGAGUUAGUUCCCUAAAAGUACUUGUUCUUGGAAACAAUAUGUUCACCAUCCCAAAAGAACUAAAAGAACUCGAUAUACUUUCUGAGUUUCAAGUUGAUGAAGAUAUGUUAUGUUCAAGUCGGGGAUCUCUUAGGAGGAACUUCAAAAGCGCUGCUAUAAGAAGACUUCUGCAAGAAAACAUUACACACAGAAGCAAACACCCUUUACAUGAAAGGCGGCGUCAUGCCAGAGAUGCGGAAAUUGCUCCAUCACCAUCUCCGAUUCAUUCUCCAUCUCCAUCUCCACUUCCAUUUCAAUCUCCAUCUCAAUCUCCAUCUCCAUCACCAAAUUAUUCUCCAUCACCUUCUCCUACAAUUUCACUACUGAGAUCUCAAUCUCCAUUAUUAUCUCCUGCUGUUCAAUCUCAUUCACCUAUUGUUUCACCAUCUCCACCUCCAUCACUGGACAAACCCCAAUCAUCAUCAGCUCCUGCACCAACCCAAUCUGUUCAUACAUCAACAAAGAAUUAUAAUUCUGAAUCAGUACCAGCAAAAUCUGCUGAGAAACAGAAGAAGACACGCUGGGAGAUCUAUGCAUCAGUUGGAGCUGGAGUAUUUUUACUUUCUGCUUCAUUUUUAAUAUACUAUCUAUGCUCCCGGAAAGCCAAAGUUGGUUCUGUGAUGCCUUGGAAAACAGGUUUAAGUGGCCAGUUGCAGAAAGCAUUAGUUACAGGUGUGCCAUCCCUUAAUCGAUCAGAACUCGAAACAGCUUGUGAGGAUUUCAGCAACAUCAUUGAUACUUUAACUGGUUGCUCAUUUUACAAAGGGACACUAUCAAGUGGAGUUGAAAUAGCUGUUACUUCAAGCUUGAUCAAAUCAGCAAAAGAUUGGUCCGAUCAAUCUGAGGUUCUGUUCAGGGAAAAGAUCUCAGUCCUGUCCAGAGUGAACCACAAGAACUUUAUGAAUCUUAUUGGAUAUUGCAAGGAAGAAGAACCUUUCACUCGAAUGUUGGUUUUCGAAUAUUCUCCAAAUGGGACACUUUUUGAGCAUUUACAUAUAAAAGAAGCUGAACCUCUAGACUGGACCGCUCGAUUACGCGUCGCUAUGGGAAUUGCAUAUUGCCUCGAGCACAUGCACAAGCUCAACCCUCCUAUGAUUCUCAGAAACCUGAACUCCUCCACCGUUUACUUAACAGAAGACCAAGCCGCAAAAAUUUCAGAUCUUUCAUUCUGGAACGACGAAAAUGAAACUGGUUUAUCUUACGAAGUUCUGGAUAACUUCGAGCCACCAUUAUCAAAUCAGGAAGAUAUUGUCUACAAGUUUGGCAUACUGCUAUUGGAGCUCAUAUCUGGAAGACUUCCAUUUUCAAAAGAUGAUGGCCUGCUUGUGCUGUGGGCUUCAUCAUACUUAACUGGAAAGAGACCACUUAACGGCAUAGUUGAUCCUACUCUGCAAUUAGUGAGAGAAGCAGAUAUAAUUGCGUUCUGUGAUGUCAUUCGGCUUUGUAUAAAUCAUGUGCCAAAGGAGAGGCCAACAAUGGCGGAUGUAGUUGCGCGGUUGAGGGUGAUGACUUCAAUGACACCAGAGGCCGUGUCUCCGAAACUAUCUCCUCUGUGGUGGGCUGAGCUUGAGAUCAUUUCGAGUUAGUCUGCUUGAUUUGAAGCAACUGAAAUUGUGAAUAGAAAAAUGUGUUCUUUUGUUUUGAUUUGUUAACGCAUGAAUUAUUUUGAUUAUUUCUUUUUGUAUUUCAAUUCAUUUGAUUUGUGGGAAUGAAUGGAGAUUGUACAGAGAAAGUGGUGUGCAGGCUCAUUGCAGUAUCAUCAUUCAUUUACUGCUCUGUUUUUGCAGAAUGUUGAGGAUGGGAUUAUUGUUUUUUUUUGUUUUUGGAGAGGUGAUUGAAUGGUUUGUGCAAUGGAGGAGAUUUCAUUAAUGGUUUUGGUUGAAAUAUUA